AUGGCAGUGGGUACGGCGGUGGGUAUGUUGGUGGGUGCGCCGUUGGGUAUGUUGGUGGGUGCGCCGUUGGGUAUGUUGGUGGGUGCGGCGUUGGAUAUGGCAGUGGGUGCGGGAGUGGGUAUGGUGGUGGGUAUGGGGGUGGGUAUGGUGGUGGGUUUGGGGGUGGGUAUGGGGGUGGGUAUGGGGGUGGGUAUGACAGUGGAUACUGUGGUGGGUAUGGCGGUGAGUAUGAUCGUGGGUAUGGGGGUGGGUAUGAUGGUGGAUAUGGGGGUGGGUAUGGGGGUGGGUAUGAUGGUGGAUAUGGGGGUGGGUAUGGGGGUGGGUAUGAUGGUGGGUAUGGGGGUGGGUAUGAUGGUGUGUAUGGCGGUGGGUAUGGCGGUGGGUAUGGGGGGGGGUAUGAUGGUGUGUAUGGCGGUGGGUAUGGCGGUGGGUAUGAUGGUGGGUAUGGGGGUGGGUAUGAUGGUGGGUAUGGGGGUGGGUAUGGCGGUGGGUAUGAUGGUGGGUAUGGGGGUGGGUAUGAUGGUGGGUAUGGCGGUGGGUAUGAUGGUGGGUAUGAUGGUGGGUAUGGGGGUGGGUGCAGCAGUGGGUAUGGCAGUGGAUACUGUGGUGGGUAUGUUGGUGGGUUCAGUGGUGGGUAUGGUGGUGGGUACUGUGUUGGGUAUGGCGGUGGGCAUGAUGGUGGGUAUGGUGAUGGGUACGGUGGUGGGUAUGGUGAUGAGUAUGGGGAUGGGUGCGGCGGUGGGUAUGGGGGUGGGUUUGGCAUCAGGUGCGGCAGUGGGUAUGGCAGUGGGUAUGGCGGUGGAUACGGCGCUUGGUACGGCAGUGGGUACCUCAAAGGGUACGACGGUGGGUACGGCGACUAGAAAGCAACAAAAGCAGUAG